AUGGACGGAGAAUCGAAGAUGAAUGAGGAUAACUCUACCCAAAGUGAGCAUGUGGCUCAGGGAGAGUCGACAAAGGCCACCAAUGAGGGUGGUAGACGUGAAUCAAUCCUGACUCGUGAGGACAGCGGAUUCUUUGGACCCCAAAUCAACUACGAUGACUUUGUCAAAGCCAUUAAGGACAAUCACCAGGAUGAGGUCUGGGAUUUCAUGGGCCGAACGGACAAGGAGAUCGUCAAACUCACCAACCAGAGCCAGGGACUUCGGGACCGUCUGAUUGCCAUGGAAGCAAAAAAUAUGGCGCUUGAAACUGCUCUCGCCAACGCGGAGAAUACCAGCAUUGAGUUGAUGACUUAUAUUCUUUCGGGUAAAGCGUCUACCGUAUCUGUUAGAGCCACUGGACAACCCACCACCGAACGUGUUCAGAGAUCGUCGAAGUUUCCUGAUGCCCCACUAUUCUCUGGUGGGAAGAAGAGCGAUUUCAACGCCUGGGUUCUUGCAAUCAAGGAGAAACUUCGAGUCAACGCUGAUCACUACAAAGGUGAACGUGCGGCCGUUCAUUACAUCUAUUCCCGUACUGACGGGAAGGCCAGGAAACACAUGGCCACUCGUUUUGACCCAGCUUCGGUGAACCCAUACUACACCGUCGAGGAUGUUUACCAGCACCUGAAAGGAGGCACAAUAAUACUCUGCCAAAUGCUCAUUAUACGUGUCUGUGUCUGGUCAUUAAGAGACACCUCGAGAUUCUUGGAAGAGGGAUUUUGCGACUAUUUGAACUGGUCUGGGUGA